ACAGGCACAAAAACCAAAGAAGGUAUGGUGCAAAGUGUCACUUCCGUUGCUGAGAAGACCAAAGAACAGGCCAAUCUCGUGGGAGAUACUAUGGUGAGCAGCGUGAACACAGUGGCAAAGCAGACGGUGGAAGGAGCGGAGACCGUUGUAACCACCAGUGGACUGGUCAAAAGGGAUGACCUACAUCCAGAUCAGCAUGAAAACCAGCCUGCUGGAGCUGGAGAAGAAGACAUCUCAGUAGAAGCCACGGAGGGUGAAGGAAAUUAACCUUCUCUAGAACUUCUACUACAUUACGAAAAAAUGAGAAGACCAGGAAUCAACGCAGACCUGCUAGAGGUUGCAAACAGCAGGGAAAUCUCUACUAACCCUAAGCUAACUUCACACAGCACGAGCAAUGCUCACUUACCUAAUUCUCACUAUCCUAGCUGGGUGGCCAACUCUUUGAUUGUACGUUUUAGGGCAAUUCUACGCAUCUCCCGUUGUGUCUCCUUUGUGGCUUCCUUCUUUGCCCUUCUUUGAGCCUUCCAAAGUGUGGUUUGAGAGCCAUCUCACACUCUUGGGGUUGGAAUCACUGAUUAAUAUCUUUUGGCUCAUUAGUACCGACCCUUGAUUUCCCUAGAAAGGG